AUGUCUUCCGCUGAAGAAACUCUCUAUAACAUCCGCUCUGCCAUUGCCAGCAUCGAUUCCUCCAUCGGUGCCCAAAGUAGCAUUAAUCAAGCUACCGAGCAGCGUUUAGAUGCCGUUGAUCAACGAUUUGAUGCUAUUGACCAACGCUUUACGAACGUCGAAACUUCCUUUAAGGAAAUUCUUAACUUCUUCAAGUCCCAAACUACCCAGAACCCCUCUCGUCCUUCUGACAACCAUCCUUCAGUAAGCCCUGAAGCUCAACCACCUCGCCCUGCCUCCAAAUCUGACGGACCUCAAACCAAACCCUCUUGGGCCUCUAUCGCUAGCAAGCCCCCUGCUCCACUUACGGACCGCAAGCGACAGGCCUUACACCGUGCAUUCAAUCCACCUGUUCACGAUCCCACUCAAAAUGGGUCUUACACCUUUGUCUAUCUCCCUCGCUCCCGCCGUAUGAAUCGUGCCCAAAUUAGAUCGAAAUUUCGCCAAAUUUCGAUUGACAACCUCCGAAUUCUGGACCUCAGCUUCCCGGCUCGUAACACCAUUGGUGUUCUUUUGCAUGAAGCCUAUCUCCCUGAGUUCAAAUCGAAGCUUCUCGAAAUUGACUCCCACUUGAUCCAAGAUUUCGAUCCUCUGGAUCACCAUCACAUUGCCGACCCUAAAUACCAAAGUUUCUCGGAGGAACGUCGUACCCAGCUCGCAAAAGCCCUUCACCAGGACCGAUGCAUCCGCUCCCUGUAUUUUAUUCGCCUCCAUCUCGUCCCCGGUGUUGCAAAGUACUUUGUCCAUGAAGGAUGGGUACCUAGCCACGUCGCUGAAGAUAUCAUCAACCAACGUCUCCCUCGUCCCGUCAAGAGACGACCUGCUCCCCAAUCAGUCUCGGAAUCCACAUCCCAAAAUCCCCAACUCUCUGGCCUCUCUACCCAAACUAACUCUUCUCGCGGCUCUGCUCCACAGGUUCCCCUUCCUACUAAUCCUCACGAUUUGUUCGGUAAUCCAGUACCCACUCAAGACAUGGGUACAACCCCUGAUUUUGCCUCCAAUGCUUACUCUUCGGAGAGCUCUCGUCCCAGUUCUCCCGUCUCUGACGCCGGUGAUCUCUCUCAAUGA